CAAAUGAGCCCAUCAGUUAUCUUUUCAAUAGUCAGCCCAUCAAUUUUCGGCAGGUCCAAUUCCUUUGUCAAAACGCCGCCGUUUCAUCCUUCUUCAACUUCGUUCUGAAAUCCGCCGUCGCCGUUACCGGAAUUGCCGUGGGUCAUGAAAAUAGCUGAUCAACCUUAACCGGAAUAUUUUCACGGAUUCCUUAAUGCCACAAUUACGAAUCGAGAGAGCCCUAUGCAGUAUUAGAUUUUCUGUCAGGAAAUUUUUGAUAGCAUCGUUUGUUCGUUUACUGUUGGAUCAUGGUUCAAGUGGUAAAAGAUAACUGGUAGCUGUUCUUCUUACGAGACGUUUCUACCAUUUUUGGAACUUUACUUAUUUUCUCAAGUGGAACAAGAUGAACUGGAUGAGGGGGAGUGUAAGUAUGUACAGACGAUAUGUGCAUACUGCGAAAAAUGACGGGGACUUGAAUAGAGAUUUUUUUGCACAACUUUGGAUUGCUGAUAAAAAGAAGCCAAAGCCUUAUGGAAAAGGAAAGUAUAAAGUCCUGAAAUCCAGUGGUAGUGGUGAAACCUUUGUUGAUGGCAGAACUAUAUCCGGUUUUCUCGAAAGAGCAUUUUCAGCUGCAUCUGUUGCAAGUGAAAAGUCUUACGACAAGAUGAAGUCAAAUUUGAAGCAACCACCUACCAGUCAGUCUGUCACUGGUACAUUGAAACCAAUAUCUUCGGAAGAGUCCAAGGUUGCACCUCUUCUUGCAAGAUCCAAUCUGCUGAUAACCAGGGAUAUCGAGUGGGCUAACUUGGUCCUUGGUUUUGAGCAGGAAAAUCGAUAUGCCAUAGUUGAUGUCUGCUAUCCUCAAGCACCUGUAGGUUUUAUCCGCGAGCAGAGUAACGUGAUUGCUAGACAGUUGCUUCGACUAAGACGCCCUUUUAUAGCAUCCAUAUCUGACGGAUUAGGAAAUGAACUCUUUAGGGUCAGGAGGCCAUUUUGGUGGAUCACCAGUUCAAUCUAUGCAGACAUAAACGAAAAAGAAAUUGGUGUUGUUCAUAGAAGGUGGCAUCUCUGGAGGAGAAUAUAUGAUUUGUACUUGGGGAAUAAGCAAUUUGCGGUUGUUGAGAAUCCUGGGUUUUGGAACUGGACUUUCACUCUGAAGGAUAUUGAAGGAAAUGUGUUGGCUGAAAUAGACCGUGACUGGAGGGGUUUCGGAUUUGAGAUUCUUACAGAUGCUGGUCAGUAUGUGAUUCGAUUCGGGAGUUCCGAUUCUAGCGUUGGGCCUACAGGGGUUCAAGAAUUAAACGUAACUCGUUCACUGACACUGUCUGAGAGAGCAGUAGCUGUUGCACUCGCUGUUUCACUAGAUAACGACUACUUCUCCAGACACGGAGGCUGGGGUUUUCCCUUUAUGGGGGUCGAUGAAUGAGAAUUGGCAUCGAGAGUGUUCGACUGCUGAAGAAAAAUAGAAAGACAUAACAAACUCGAUCAAAUAUUGCGCCCGUCUGAAUCGGUUAGUGUUUUCACAAUGAAAGUGGUAAAACGAGUUUAUGUGUUGUCGUUAAUAUUGGUUUCGUAUCCUGGCCCUACAAACAGUAAAUUGCUGCUAUUGUUUAGUAAAAGAAACUGUAGUAAAAUGCUUCUAUUGUAUUGUCACAAUAUCCAUGUUAUUACAAAAAAGUUGUAAGAAAAAUAUUUUCCUAAAGAAAAAUAAGAACCUGCUUAGCUUCUGUUUAUUUA